AUGGUAUAUUACUUAUACGACAUCAAUAUCAGUAUAUAUGUUGCUAUGCAUUAUUUGUUGGUUAUAAUAACUACUAGUUUUCUGUUUCUCAGGGUCUGUGGCAGUGGUACCAUCAUUUUCGUUUGGACCGUGGGGGGUCCCGGUGGCAGUCCUUGGAGUUACAUAGCCACCGAUGGGAUAAAGGAGAUAACCCUGGAUGUAGGGAGAAAUAUCAGGGCCAUUUCAUUUGCAGAUGCUAAGGGCUUUAUUUCUGGCACAUUCGGUGGCAACAACCCUAACAAUAUUGGUAAAGAGGAAAAGAUUACCAUCCAAUGGCCUUCGGAGUAUUUGACGUCUAUAACAGGAACCUAUGGAGAUUUUAAUGGACUUCUGGUUAUCUACUCCUUAUCGUUCGUCACCAAUCAGAAAGCAUAUGGACCUUUUGGGAGCCCCAGCAGUGGUCAGGCUUUCUCCAGCCCCCCGGAUGGUAAUGUUAUUGUUGGAUUCCAUGGAAGAUCUGGCUGGUACAUUGAUGCUAUUGGUAUAUAUGUGCAACCGGCACCAACAACUUCGUUGGGACCGUGGGGGGGUCCCGUCGGAAAUCCUUGGAGUUACAUACCCACCGAUGGGAUAAAGGAGAUAAUCAUGGAUGUAGGAAGAAAUAUCAGGGCCAUUUCAUUUGCAGAUGCUAACGGCUUUAUUUCUGGCAAAUUCGGUGGCAAAGACCCUAACAAUAUUGGUAAAGAGGAAAAGAUUACCAUCCAAUGGCCUUCGGAGUAUUUGACGUCUAUAAAAGGAACCUUUGGAAAUUUUAAUGGAGAUGUGGUUAUCUACUCCUUAUCGUUCAUCACCAAUAACAAACAUAUGGACCUUUCGGGAGCGCCAACAGUGGUCAGGCUUUCACUGCUAGUCCCCCAGCCGGUAAUGUUGUUGUUGUAUUCCAUGGAAUGUCUGGCUGGUUCAUUGAUGCUCUUGGUAUAUAUGUGCGACCGAGGGUCUAGGCAAUCUGAAGGUUCGAAGUUGACUUGCUAUGCAAGCCUUCAUGAAGGUUAUAAACAAUCAGAUGAUGGAAAUAAAUUCGAAAUUAAAACUACUUUUGUGGGUUUAAGGCAAAAGUAAUUGUUGUAUUACUUAAAUAAAGCACUUUUGCGGGUUAUGGCAAAAGUAAUUGUCGUGUUACGUAUUUGAAGACAUCAUCUGUUGUUCUAAGUGUGUGAAGUUGUAUUCUCGUUUAAUUUAAGUAAUAAAUUAAAUUUUUGUU